AGGUGUGGCAGAGGAAAGACGAUUACAGAGACGUUCAUUAGUUAUCACUUUAUGUGACUCCAUUUCCGCUCGCUAAACAUUGCAGACAUGAUCAUAGCUCAUGCUAGGCUUCCGGGAUAGUCAAAAUCCCAAAAUGGCAGUAGGCUGACAGGCUGUAGGGCAUACAAUUGGCAGCAUGAUGGAGAGAUGUAACCUCCCUCAACCCCCGGUCAUAGUUAAUGGUUUCUUUAGGGUUUUUGAUGUACUUCUGCAUACGCUCUGGGAGAAAAGGAAACGUGAUUGAAUGGAUAGGAACUUGGUUAUGCAGCAAAAUAGGAGAACUUGGUUGCACCUGCCGCAAAAACAGUUGGACCACAGUCUCGACACAACUCAAUAAACGCCAUCAAACAAAGAAGUCUACGUAUUUUGACGUUUUGGCGGUUGCACCAGAUCACCACCACAAGAAAGCAGUCCAACCCCCUGAAGGAUGUGAGACAGUCUCGGGUUCACUUUAAAACCCACCGUUGCUGGUUGGAUUCUGCCAGGCGUCUAGGGGGCCACAGCCACUCCCUCGCUCACUUUCACCCACAAACGGAGCCCCGUGGCCUGGAUGUGAGCAGAGCUGCGGCCGGAGGGACCAGGCAGACAUGCGGAGAGCCCGGAGGAAGGGGGCCAAUAAGGAGAAGGUGUUCGGCUGCGAUCUGCAGGAACAUCUGGCCGCCUCCUCGCAAGAGAUUCCUCACGUGUUAAAGAUCUGCAGUGAGUUCCUCGAGGAGCACGGGGUCGUCGACGGCAUCUACCGGCUCUCCGGGGUAUCUUCCAACAUACAGAAACUCAGGAGUGAGUUUGACAAUGAAGCCAGCCCGGACCUCCACAAGGAUUUGUACCUGCAGGACAUCCACUGCGUCAGCUCCCUCUGCAAGGCCUACUUCCGGGAGCUGCCCAACCCACUGCUCACCUACAACCUCUAUGACAAGUUUGCCGAGGCUGUGGCCCUCAAGCUGGAGGAGGAGAGAUUGGUGAAGAUAAGAGAUGUGCUCAAGGAGCUACCCGCCCUUCAUUACAGGACCCUGGAGUUCCUCAUGUGCCACCUCGUGAGGAUGGCUUCCCAUUCCGCCCAGACCAACAUGCACUCCAGGAACCUGGCCAUCGUCUGGGCCCCCAAUCUCCUCCGGUCCAAGGACAUUGAGAACUCCGGGUUCAACGGUACGGCCGCCUUCAUGGAGGUGAGGGUGCAGUCCAUCGUGGUGGAGUUCAUCCUCAACCACGUCUCUCAACUCUUCAGUGGAGAAGGUGUACCCCAGGAUAGGCGGGUUUCCUUGCCCUCCCCAACUGCAGCGUUUGGUCCGGAGGAACCAAUCCUUCGAGAGCUUCCUGCAAAUAUGGCUCACUAUGGCCACAUAAGCCCUGGGGAUGGUCCAAUUGCCAUGAGACCCUACCACGCGAUUAUUGAAGGCACUGACAAGAGGAAGGGGUCUCUCAAGGGCAGGAAAUGGAUGUCCAUCUUCAACAUCGGGGGACGAUUCCACGAACCGUGGAAAAGGAGCAAGAGCAGUCAAAAAGAGAAAGAAAGGUGUUCAUUGAGGCCGGCCAGAAGUAUGGACUCCCUCAGCAUUCAAACGUAUACAAAUGAAGCAAAAUGUUCCGGAUCCAGGCACCCUGUCCAGCACCCCUCCGCCAUGUCCGGGUCCGGGGCCGCCCCCAGUGCCCUGGCCGGCGGCGAGGCAGCGCCCCCUGCUGGUGCCACGGGGGGCAGCGGGUACGCCGUCACCUACCGACGGGGCACCGGGGUGCUGAGCGGGGGCGGCGGGACCCAGGGCACCUACAGCUCCCUGGACCCCGAGGGCCUCGGGGCCGGCGGGGCGGGAGGGGGCGGCUCGCCGGGGACCCCCUCCAGAUCCCCCGGCCAAUCCUCGGCCAAGGUGGGCCGUCGGGCGGCCAUGCAUAUCUCCGAGCCCCACAUCGUCACCGUGCCUCUCCACAUCACCUCCAACAUGGCCCUGGUGGUGCUGCAGGGGGGCGGGGGCGACCGGGUGGUGCACUGCGGAAAGGACCGGGACGGAGGAGACCGGGCCGACGGGAAGGAAAGAGGAGCUGGGAGGGGGGAGAAGAAGAGGAAGGGUGACGGAAAGAAGAAGGAGCUAGGAGGAGGAGGGGGAGAAGGAGGGGAAGAAGUCAUAGGAGAAGGAGCAGGAGGAGGAGGGGGAGGAGGAGGAGGAGGAGGAGGAGGAGGAGAAGGAGAAGGGGGAGGAGGAGGAGGAGGAGGAGAAGGGGGAGGAGAAGUCAUAGGAGAAGGGGGAGAAGGAGGAGGAGGAGGAGGAGGAGAAGGGGGAGAAGGGGGAGAAGGGGGAGGAGGAGGCGGAGGAGGAGGAGGAGAACAAACUGCUGUCACAACAGAGACAUUGGUGGAGGACGAGAAAGUUGGACAGAAUCACCUGGAAGAAGACAAGAGUGGUGACAAUUGGAAGCCAGAUGUGCAAAGUGGUGGGGAAGAGGAAGGAGACAGUGAGGAGAUGAGCGAAGAUGAGGGGGUCCUGGACGAUGACCAGGUCAAGCCUGUGGAAAACGAUGGAGGUCGGGUCUCUGAUGGAGAGCCAGAUGCUGAAAUUGUGAAUUCUGACCUGCACCAAUAUGUUCCUGAAGACACUGACGAUGAAUACAUGGAUAUGAGGGGUGAGGGGUUGGAGAACCUGGACCGCCGCUCAUCAGAGCUGCCCGGUGUCCAACGCGUCCCUGGACCUGAGGGGGAGGCCCACGAGCUCUCGGGUUACGUUCAGGAGAGCUUUGACUUCCUGGACCACAUCGACUGCAGCGUCUCGAGCCAGGUGAACGAGUUCUCCGUGGAACCUCCCGCCUAUGAGGACGACGAGUACGAGGACAUGGAAGCUCCCGGGCUGGCUCUCUGCAGCUCCCCCCUGGCGUCCAAGGAGACGGAGCCCUCGGCCCACCGCCCGAAUCGACACUCCGAGCCCAACCCCGGACCUCCGCUGCCCCACCAACGCCAACCGCCCUCGCAGAGGCUCUCCAACAGACAGAUGAAGUCCCUCAGCCUGCCCUACAUGAGCACCUACUUCUGUCCGCCCGAGUCCUCCUCCGAAGACGACGAAGGGGACGACUGCACUGCAGACGAUGAAGACGAUGACGGUUGUUUUGAUCAGGACGGCGGCGAGAAUGAAGACGGGGACAUUUUCUACAAGAGUCUCCCCUCUGGUUACGCGUUCCACAACCUGAGCUGGACCGCGCCAGAUGGUCCUGACCCCUCGCCCACGCCGGCGAACCACUGUGUCGACCCCUUUGUUGAUGAGGAGUCUGGCCGCCCGUUGCAGAGCUCUGAGGCCUCAGCACUCGAGGCCUUGGGCAUCGCAGGAGGUAGCAGUGAGACCGGAAAUAUGGAAAAUGGGGACACAGUGACGAGCCUUACUAUGGAGGAUAGGGAGGGUGAAGAGGGGUGCUGGGAAGAAGACGGAGCACGAACGAACAUGCCAAAUCAAAGAGUGGACACAGGAGACCUCCCCCUCCCCCUGGUCCAUACCAGUCGAGCUGCAGGUGGAUCAGACCCCCCGUCCCCCGUGCCAGAGCCCGCUGAGGCUUCGGGCCGCUCACUGCCAACCGAGGUCCCCACAGGCAGCGAAGCAACGGCGGAGGUUAGAGUCGAACGGGGCGACGUUCCCCACAGGUGUGUGAAAAACUCUUGGAGUGGUUCACUUGAGGUGGCGUCGCCUCCUCCUUCUCAGAUGGAGACUUUUGACUUCCCAGAUGGAAUCCUUGAUGGGUCUCCAGAGUUUUGCGAAGAACUGCCAGAACCCCCGUCAGACCUCUGUGUUUGGGAAGAUGAGGGAAUGGACAGUGUUCAGGGAGAGUGGAAUCAGGUCGGGCAAAAGACAAAUGACGUAGGUGAGGUGAUCAUCGCCGGAACUCCGGAUGAAGAGCCCGGGAGAGUGCCUGCGUGCAAGAGAGGUGAACAAGGGCCAGAGGCUGAUGUCUGCACGCUAGCCCACAAAGGUGAAGAUGUUCUGUGUCAAAUGGCACAAGAGCCGGCGGAGACCAGCGAGAGUCCAGUUGGUUCUCCAGAAGAAAUAGAAAUUGCACAAAGAGAGGGAGGACAGCAGUCUGGAGAAGGGGGAACAGACAUUCAGGUCGUGGAACUCCUCGAUGUUCAUGAUUUGGACGAGGGAAUGAAAGAAAAUAAGGAGGAAAAGAUGGUCCAGAAAGACGAAGCUGGGAUCCCAGAAGCACCGAAAGAGGAGUCCGGGGAAGUGUUUGACGAACAAGCCAGCAAAGACAAAGGGAAAAGGGAAGAUUUAGAGCCAAUAGAAAGUGAUUCAACAGAGGAAAGUGUACCGAAUGAUGAGCAGGACAGAAAAGAUGGUAAAAACCAAGAUAAACAAGAGAAGUUGUCCGUUUGUGGAGACGGUAAAAUUAUCCAGCCCUUUGGCGAACCAGAAGCUCCUGAAAAGGAGAGAAAGAAUGCAGGUAGCACCCAAGAGCAUUCUCAACCACCGGUGAGCAUGGACAGAAAAGCCGAAGGAACAAGCACAAGUCAACGAGACAUGCCAGAGCCAAAGCAUCACGCGUUAAAGGAGGGCUUAGAGGGCCACUCAGGAGGCGUCGGUAGAAAGCUGCUCAUUUCCCACCAAUCUCCUUCUAUUGUUUACCGAGUCCGGUCGGUGCCGGUCGUUCCGCCGAAACCCCAGCACUGCAGGCUAACAGCGCUGAAUCUCCGGCAGCAAGAGCAGCAGCAAGAGCAGCAAGAGCAGCAAGAGCAGCAGCAGCAGCAGCAGCAGCAGCAGCAGCAGCAGCAGCAGCAGCAGCAGCAGCAGCCACAGCAGCCACAGCAGCAACAGCACAGGCAGAAUAGUGAGGGCAGGAUCCCAGACAGGGAGCGAGAAUGGAAAAAGGAGACCCCACUAGAUGACAUUUAUGUUGGGGAGGUGGAAGCAGUAGAAGAGGGUGUGGAUGAGAAACAAGGGGAAGCAAAGCAGAGGAAGGGGCUCGCCGUAGCAGAGAAGCAAAGGAGGAGUAGGGACUGGGAGGAUAUCACAGUGAAGGAUGCCAGCGCUAAAAACAAUCCCCUCAGUAUGUGUUUUGAUGAGGCGGUCGCCAAAGCGACCAUGCGACGAGAAAGGGAGAGAGAGAGCAGUGACAGGGAGAGGCAAAAGGAUUGGGGAUAUGAAUGAUGCACUGUAAUGCACGGAGCCAACUGUACAACAUUUUUUUUUAAAGUUGUACAAGUUGUAUAAGAAACUCAUUCUUAUACAAUAUGGUCAAAAUUGUAGGCGUGUGUGUGUGUGUGUGUGUGUGUGUGUGUGUGUGUGUGUGUGUGUGUGUGUGUGUGUGUGUGCGUGCGUUUGCGUGUGCAUGUGUAUGUAGUGAUGCAAAACGGCUGCUACAUGCUAACCCAUUUAAUAAACAUUUAAAUAGUUUUAUUGAUUUAACAGAAAUUCCAUUUUUGACCUCAAGUAUUUUUAAUAAGGCUAACUUAAUGUAAGAAAUGUUUUUAUACCCUGACAAAUUCAUAAUUAUUAUUUUUUUCAAAUAAAAUCCUCUUACAAGUA